GCGGACGUUGCAGGUUUCCAAUGACCCAUCGCCGCGAAUAGUCCGCUCCAGUGAAAUUUUCAGAAACAAAUUAGGGACUCCUUUAAUGUAAAAAGUGUUUGAAAAAUAUACAACGGAAUUUGCAAGCUUUUUAUGUAGAAAGAGUGUGAUAUAUAGGCGGGAUAUAGUGACACACAACUGGGAAAAAUCAAAUCAAAAUGGAUAGCUUUGCAGCAGUAGCCACACAACUGGGGCCGCAUUUUGCAGCCCUCUCCAAUGGAUCGGUGGUGGAUAAGGUCACACCCGAUAUGGCGCAUCUCAUCAGCCCGUACUGGAACCAGUUCCCCGCCAUGGACCCCAUCUGGGCAAAGAUCCUCACGGCCUACAUGAUCAUAAUUGGAAUGAUUUCCUGGUGCGGAAAUGGCGUGGUGAUCUACAUCUUUGCCACCACAAAAUCACUGCGCACUCCUGCAAACCUCCUGGUCAUCAAUUUGGCCAUCUCCGACUUUGGCAUCAUGAUUACCAACACCCCGAUGAUGGGCAUCAAUUUGUACUUUGAGACCUGGGUCCUCGGGCCCAUGAUGUGCGACAUUUAUGCGGGCCUGGGCUCCGCCUUUGGCUGCAGCUCCAUUUGGUCCAUGUGCAUGAUCUCCCUGGAUCGUUAUCAAGUCAUUGUCAAGGGCAUGGCCGGUCGGCCGAUGACCAUUCCACUGGCAUUGGGCAAGAUUGCCUACAUCUGGUUCAUGUCGAGCAUUUGGUGCCUGGCCCCCGUCUUCGGCUGGAGCAGGUAUGUGCCGGAGGGUAAUUUGACAUCGUGCGGCAUUGACUACUUGGAGCGCGACUGGAAUCCACGCUCAUACCUGAUCUUCUACUCGAUCUUCGUCUACUAUAUCCCGCUCUUCCUUAUCUGCUAUUCCUAUUGGUUCAUCAUUGCUGCCGUUUCCGCUCACGAGAAGGCCAUGCGGGAGCAGGCCAAGAAAAUGAAUGUCAAGUCGCUGCGUUCCUCCGAGGAUGCCGACAAGAGCGCCGAGGGCAAGCUGGCCAAAGUGGCUCUGGUCACCAUUUCGCUGUGGUUCAUGGCGUGGACUCCUUACCUAGUCAUCAACUGCAUGGGACUGUUCAAAUUUGAGGGUCUCACUCCACUAAACACCAUCUGGGGUGCCUGCUUUGCCAAGUCGGCGGCCUGCUACAAUCCCAUUGUCUAUGGCAUUAGCCAUCCCAAGUAUCGCUUGGCUUUGAAGGAAAAGUGCCCUUGCUGUGUCUUCGGCAAGGUCGACGAUGGCAAAUCGAGCGAUGCCCAAUCGCAGGCCACCGCCAGCGAAGCUGAAUCCAAGGCAUAAGCAAAAACAUUUAUCUUACAACAGCAACAACAACAGCAACAAAAGCAACAACUUACAACAACAACAUACAACAACAAGAUCAAGAACAACAAGAACAACUGCAGCAACAGAACGAAACGCUUUCGAAUAACAACUUCAAACAAAGGGGGAAAGAACAACAAUCGCUCCGCUAUGAAAAAAUGUGUAAAUUUCUUGCCUCUAACCAACAUCUAAAAGCAACAAAUGUUUAUAAAAAAAUCAAAUUAUUAUCAAACAACUACUGCAAUGUCACUAAAGACGAAACCAAAAAAACCUUAAACAAAAAAAAAAAUAAAUGCAAACGAACUAGAAAAGUUA